GGCGGGAAGGGAAGGGCAGGGCCCGUCCUGCUGCCACAGCCGCCUUCCGGUUCCGGCGCGCGGUGCACGGCGGGAAGCUGGAGGAGGCCAUUAGGGGAGAGCGCGGGCCCGGGCUGCGGCGGCUGGCGGGCGGUGUAGAGCCACAGCACUGCAACCAUGUCAAUUGGAGUGCCAAUUAAAGUCCUGCAUGAGGCUGAAGGCCAUAUUGUGACAUGUGAGACCAAUACUGGAGAAGUUUACCGAGGCAAACUUAUUGAAGCUGAAGACAACAUGAAUUGUCAGAUGUCCAACAUUACAGUGACAUACAGAGAUGGACGAGUGGCACAGCUGGAACAGGUGUACAUCAGAGGUAGCAAGAUACGGUUUCUCAUUUUACCAGAUAUGUUGAAGAACGCUCCUAUGCUAAAGAGCAUGAAGAACAAAAACCAGGGUUCUGGGGCUGGGCGAGGAAAAGCAGCUAUUCUCAAAGCUCAAGUGGCUGCAAGAGGAAGAGGCCGUGGUAUGGGCCGUGGCAACAUCUUCCAGAAGCGAAGAUAAUUUUGGUCUUGACAGACAUGCCUUUUUUUUUUUUUAUUAGGGAGUAUUAACUUGACUACAUGUGCAUUGGUAUCAGCUUUGUUUAAUAAAUAUUUCUGACAAAAACUUGUCUGUUCUUACAUGACAGGACUCCUCUUGGGCAAAUACAUUGUAGGUUGAUAUCAAACUUAAACCAGCUUUCUCUGGAAAACGGUGGACUUAUAUCUGGAUUUGACUACUUUGUAUUUGUAUAGUGCAUUGAAUUUAAAGAUCAUGUUUCCUUUUUCUUGUGUAGUUCUUUUGUCAUUCAUUCUCCAAAGAAUUAGAAGGCUUUCUUCGUGUAGAAUUUUUAGUACUGUGUUUUAAAGCAUGCUAGCAGCUGCAUUUAUGGAAAAUGCAGCUUCCUGAGAAGCAAAGCACUGUGUUCUUUUGCUUUAUAUGGACCUACAUUAGAUAGAGGCCCAUCUUCAGAUCUGUACAUUGAGCUUGUAUUCUUGUGUUUCUUAUUUUUCUCUUUAGAUACGGGGAGAAUUUUUCCUUAGGAACACACAACUUUGAUAGCCUGAGUCUAUAUUUGCAGUGAAAAAUUCUGUUCUAACUUUCAUGGUAGUUUUUCCCUGUGCGUGGGGAAAGAAGAGGGAAUAUACAAUAGGCAUUUUCAAGGAUAAAGUUGAAAAGUUUUGAAAGGUGCGGGUGUAUGGGAAAAGUCUUUCACAUGGUUAGCCAUUACAUACACUUCAAUACAAAUGCUGAUCUUUUGAACAAAACUUAGGAUCAACUUUAGCUUUUGGUCUUAACAUCUAUACACAGUCCUAAAGAUCAUCAGCUGAUCUGCACGAAGCCAAACGCAUUGAUAACUUCAGUUUAUUUUGCUAAAGGUAUAGUGUGGUUGUUCUUACUGACUUAAAUGGUUGAAAUGUUUAAAUGUAACGCUUCUGUACCUAAUCACAUACUUGCAAACGAUCAAUUUAUCGGUCUGUACAUGUACAAAAUAGCUAGGCCUUGCUUUUCUGCUCUGAUGCUGUGAAGACUCCCUUGUGUGCAGACAUGAAAGUUGAACUAAUGUAUUAAUUGUUAAGUUGUAAAUAAAGCUGUUAUUUGGUCUCAUGUCACUAGAAAAA